AGCUGCAUGGUUUUGACAUUAAGGAAGUAAUACGGGACGUACUGAAGAACCCAACCAGUUUUUUCAUUUGAAAAGGAAUAUCUAUGCACUGUUUUCAUGAUGGGGAAAAUGCUUUCGAAAAUCUUUGGCAACAAGGAGAUGAGAAUAUUGAUGCUUGGACUUGAUGCUGCUGGAAAGACCACCAUCCUUUACAAACUGAAACUUGGACAGUCAGUCACCACAAUUCCCACUGUUGGUUUCAAUGUAGAGACAGUCACCUACAAAAACGUAAAAUUCAAUGUAUGGGACGUUGGAGGCCAAGAUAAGAUCCGUCCCCUGUGGCGACACUACUAUACGGGCACUCAAGGGUUAAUCUUUGUUGUGGAUUGUGCAGAUAGAGAUCGCAUCGAUGAGGCGAGGCAGGAACUCCAUCGCAUUAUUAAUGACCGUGAAAUGAGGGACGCCAUCAUCUUGAUUUUUGCCAAUAAGCAGGACCUGCCAGAUGCCAUGAAGCCGCAUGAAAUCCAAGAGAAACUAGGAUUGACCCGCAUCAGAGAUAGGAAUUGGUAUGUUCAGCCCUCCUGUGCGACCACGGGAGACGGACUAUAUGAGGGGUUGACAUGGCUAACAUCAAAUUACAAAUCUUAAUGAUUGAGUGAUGACUGUUUUUAGAAAAAAAAUGUUUUACAUAAGUUAAAUAACUUUACUUCUAAAAUGAAUACAAUAAAGAAGAUUUGAUUUAUCCAUUUA